UCAAGCGUUUCCAAGAUCAACAAUUUUCAAAAUGGCUGCAGCUGGAGCCACAGUCAGUUUGAGCAAAGCGGACUAUUUAAAACGUUAUCUCUCUGACGCUUCCGACGAAAAAAAGAAGAGAAAGAAGAAGAAAUCUAAGUCAGCAGUCAUUGUUCCUCGAUCCAGGAUUGUAGAUGAUGAUGUUGACUUUACGACAACGUUACCAGGAAAUCUAGAAAACACAUUGGAUGAGGAUGUUGGUGAUGAUGACCCGACGGUCGCUGAAGUUGUAGAUGAACGUCCAGAACAUGUGAAACGGCUGGAGACUUACAGGGAAUCAGACGGAAAAUGGAGGCUAAUGAACAAAACAGAAAAUGAUGAUGAGUCACAACACAGGAAAAAUAGACACGAUUCUGAUUCUGAUCAAUCACCUUUGCGGCCUCGUAAAAGAAAUGACUCAGAUUCUGACCAAUCACCACCAAGGUCAAAAAGGAGAAAUGACUCUGAUUCUGACCAAUCACCUCCAAGGUCAAAAAGGAGAAAUGACUCCGAUUCUGACCAAUCGCCACCAAGGUCAAAAAGGAGAAAUGAUUCAGAUUCUGACCAAUCGCCUCCAAGGAGAAAAAACAGAAAUGACUCUGAUUCGCCUCCAAGGAGAAAAAUGAGAAAAAACUCAGAUUCUGACCAAUCUCCACCAAGGAGAAAGAGUUCCAACAGGGGAGAUAACACAAAAUUGGAAAAAUUAAAAUCAGAUGAAAAAAUGAAAAGAACUUUAUCAGGAAAGUUGGCUGGUUUAUCAAGUGCUGCAGAUAUGAAAAAAGAAGCAGUUAAACUGAAAGCUAAGGAGGAGGCUGCAUUCAAAAAGAUUGGAACGGAGCAAUUGGGUAAAGAUGCAGCUACCGUUUUUCGGGACAAGAAAAGUGGAAGACGGAGGAAUUUUGAACAGGAAGAAGAAGAAACGGCUGAGGAGAGGGCCCUGAAGGCAGUUAAAGAUGCCAAGUAUCAAGAAUGGGGCAAAGGCUUAAAACAGAAGGAAGAGAAACAAUCAAUGAUGAUAGACCAUCUUCAUGAAGUAAAUAAACCACUUGCCCGUUAUCGUGACGAUUCUGACCUUGACACUAUGCUGCGAGAACAAGAUCGAGAAGGAGAUCCAAUGUUGGCAUUUAUCAAAAAGAAAAAACAGAAAGGAGGUGCUAAGGUUAAAGAGUUACCAAAGUACAGGGGCCCUGCUGGUCCACCAAACAGGUAUGGAAUCCAGCCAGGCUACCGCUGGGACGGGGUCAAUAGGUCAAACGGUUUUGAAGCACAACUCUUUGCAAAAAUGUCAGACAGGAAGGCUGUGGCCAAUCAGGCCUACAAGUGGAGUGUGGAGGAUAUGUAAAUCAUCGAGUUACCAGAUAGGCAUAGACUACAGUAUAUUUGUGGACAAAGAGGCUGUGUUCACUGAUACAAGUAUACACCCAUCCUACCAUGGGGUAUCUGGUGGAUGUAGUUGGUUGAGUGAAGAGAAACAGCUAAACCUGCCAGGAGAUUCUGGAUUGAAGUAGGUGGUUGUAAUUAUAGGUACAGUAAUAAAUAGAUCCUACAUGGAUUACUUGAGGAUGAAGACAGUUUGAUACAACUACACAGCGAUCCUACAAGGAUUACUAGAGGAUGAAGACAGUUUGAUAUAACUACACAGCGAUCCUACAAGGAUUACUGGAGGAUGAAGACAGUUUGAUAUAACUAUACAGCGAUCCUACAAGUAUUACUGGAGGAUGUAGACAGUUUGAUACAACUACACGGAGAUCCUACAAGUAUUACUGGAGGAUGUAGACAGUUUGAUACAACUAUACAGCGAUCCUACAAGUAUUACCGGAGGAUGUAGACAGUUUGAUAUAACUACACAGCGAUCCUACAAGGAUUACUGGAGGAUGAAGACAGUUUGAUAUAACUACACAGCGAUCCUACAAGGAUUACCGGAGGAUGUAGACAGUUUGAUACAAUUACACAGCGAUCCUACAAGGAUUACUGGAGGAUGUAGACAGUUUGAUACAACUAUACAGCGAUCCUACAAGUAUUACUGGAGGAUGAAGACAGUUUGAUAUAACUACACAGCGAUCCUACAAGGAUUACUGGAGGAUGUAGACAGUUUGAUAUAACUACACAGCGAUCCUACAAGGAUUACCGGAGGAUGUAGACAGUUUGAUAUAAAUACACAGCGAUCCUACAAGUAUUACUGGAGGAUGUAGACAGUUUGAUACAACUAUACAGCGAUCCUACAAGUAUUACUGGAGGAUGUAGACAGUUUGAUAUAACUACACAGCGAUCCUACAAGUAUUACUGGAGGAUGAAGACAGUUUGAUACAACUAUACAGCGAUCCUACAAGUAUUACUGGAGGAUGAAGACAGUUUGAUACAACUAUACAGCGAUCCUACAAGUAUUACUGGAGGAUGUAGACAGUUUGAUAUAACUACACAGCGAUCCUACAAGGAUUACUGGAGGAUGUAGACAGUUUGAUAUAACUACACAGCGAUCCUACAAGGAUUACCGGAGGAUGUAGACAGUUUGAUAUAACUACACAGCGAUCCUACAAGGAUUACCGGAGGAUGUAGACAGUUUGAUACAACUACACGGCGAUCCUACAAGUAUUACUGGAGGAUGUAGACAGUUUGAUAUAACUACACAGCGAUCCUACAAGGAUUACCGGAGGAUGUAGACAGUUUGAUAUAACUAUACAGCGAUCCUACAAGGAUUACCGGAGGAUGUAGACAGUUUGAUACAACUACACAGCGAUCCUACAAGUAUUACUGGAGGAUGUAGACAGUUUGAUACAACUACACGGCGAUCCUACAAGUAUUACUGGAGGAUGUAGACAGUUUGAUAUAACUACACAGCGAUCCUACAAGUAUUACUGGAGGAUGAAGACAGUUUGAUACAACUAUACAGCGAUCCUACAAGGAUUACUGGAGGAUGUAGACAGUUUGAUAUAACUACACAGCGAUCCUACAAGUAUUACUGGAGGAUGUAGACAGUUUGAUACAACUACACGGCGAUCCUACAAGUAUUACUGGAGGAUGUAGACAGUUUGAUAUAACUAUACAGCGAUCCUACAAGUAUUACUGGAGGAUGUAGACAGUUUGAUAUAACUACACAGCGAUCCUACAAGUAUUACUGGAGGAUGUAGACAGUUUGAUAUAACUACACGGCGAUCCUACAAGGAUUACUGGAGGAUGUAGACAGUUUGAUACAACUACACAGUGAUCCUACAAGGAUUACUGGAGGAUGUAGACAGUUUGAUACAACUACACAGUGAUCCUACAAGGAUUACUGGAGGAUGUAGACAGUUUGAUACAACUACACGGCGAUCCUACAAGUAUUACUGGAGGAUGUAGACAGUUUGAUACAACUACACGGCGAUCCUACAAGUUUAACUGGAGGAUGUAGACAGUUUGAUACAACUACACAGUGAUCCUACAAGGAUUACUGGAGGAUGUAGACAGUUUGAUACAACUACACGGCGAUCCUACAAGUAUUACUGGAGGAUGUAGACAGUUUGAUACAACUACACGGCGAUCCUACAAGUUUAACUGGAGGAUGUAGACAGUUUGAUACAACUACACGGCGAUCCUACAAGGAUUACUGGAGGAUGUAGACCGUUUGAUACAACUACACGGCGAUCCUACAAGUAUUACUGGAGGAUGUAGACAGUUUGAUACAACUACACGGCUAUCCUACAAGGAUUACGGGAGGAUGAAGACAGUUUGAUACAACUGCUUAGCAAUCCUACAAGAAGGAUUGCCAGAAAAUGAAAUAGUUUUAUAAAACUAUACAGCAUUCCUAUACUACACAGCAGUCCUGUUUCAAGAUACAAGUAUACUUUUUUGUUUAUAGAGGAAUUUAUCAAGAUCGGUAACAGAGUUGAAGUUUAAAUAAAAUAUUUUACUAUCUGUAAUAAAGGGACAUCAGAGUGAAGUACAGCUAAACUGAUAGAAUACAAAUGGAUGUAGUCAGUCAUAUUCCUCUACGGGAGUUUGUAGACAAUACAGCAAUAUACGUAGACUAUCAUUCUCUAAACUCCAGACACACUCUACUGGUGUGGGGAGUAUGUCUAGACUCUGAAAUGGUUUACAUGGAAGAUGAAAGUUUUAUUAAUAUGUUCAUCUAAAUUUAAAGUGGUUAUCAAUGUCUGAGAUUGUGUAAGUUGAUAUUGAUCCAGAGAGGGGCUUUGGGAGUUCAAAAGUUUUUAUCUCUGCAGCAAAUGAGUUUUAUUUAGAUACAAGUGGAUGCUGCUUGAUACAUGGUAUCAAGUUUGACGACGGACUGAUCUUCCUUUAUGCAAUGAGAUAUGAGUCGAGGUUGACUUUAAAUCUAUAAUCUGUUGUUAGUAUUUUUGAAGUGCAUCAAAAUUAAGAUAAACCAUGUUUCAAUGGAACAUUGAUGUAUAUAUUUGUUAAUUCAAAUAUCAACCAGUUCAUAUAAAAUAUAUCAUAUAAAAGAUAAAUCAAAGUAGUUGUUGGGUCACUAUUUUUAUUAUCAAAGGCAAAAAUACAAAUAAAAAUGAUAUUUGAUUGAAUUUAGCAGAGUGAUGGAAUAAUCAGUCGAGUUCGAUAUAGCCAGGUUGUUAGUUUUCAAUCGUUUGUCAUCCACAGACAUUUCUUUGUCGGUUUUGAUAAAGUUUCCAGCUUCCAAAAGAUAGCUAGUAUGAAGACUGAUAAAUUUAAUCUAUGGUUUAGAACAACUCGCUGCUUUUACUUUCAUCAAAAUUGCACGAUGGUCACAGCAGCUGCUACUGAAGGCAUAAAUAUUUAACAUUGUUGAAAUACACUGUAACUCAUAGACUGUAACAUUGGAAGUUUGAGUGAUGUUUUGGGGGAAAGUUCCAUAUUAUAAUGGUAUAUAAUAGCCUGAAAAUUGAUCUUGAUGAAAUUUGGAUUGAAUUAGUUUUUUCUUGUUUUAGAUCAUAUACCUGAAAGGCAAGUGAGCUUUGGACAUGGUGCGACAUCUGUCUGUCAUCCUUCGUCUAUUAUCCUAGAUAGCUACGUACCUGUUAAUCUUUCCUCCAGUUUGUCUCAAAAAUUAAAUGUGCAUAACUACUGGAAUGGACGGAGGGGAACCGUCAGAGAGCUAAAUACCUUUCUAGUUCAGUAUUUCCUAAGGAAUAUUGAUAAAAAAUAUUCUAUCUAUCUUUAUAAUUUGAUUAUGCAACUAAAAAGAGAUAUCCUUUCAGAAGAAUUAAUGAGAAAUCUUCAAAACACAAUGAAAAUUUUCAGUAAAUAAAUGAGAACAUAUUAUCAGAACUCAACAAGGAUAUUAAAAGUGAUCCAAUAAUCUCGAGCCUGAUAUCAUGUUCCUUUCAGAACGCUGAAUACUAGAUUAAAUGAGAGAUCAAAACUACAAAAAGGAUAUUAAAAAUUAAAAAAAAAACCAAAAAAACAAACCACAACAUUUUGAUGAUAAAACAAAAGAUAGAUAAUGGUAUUACAAGAUCAAUAAAAAUAAUAUUAAAAUAAUAUUGAUACACCAUGUAAUUCAAGAUUAUUAUCGACAAAGUAAAAAGUUAAAAGUGGAUAGAUCGAGAAGCAAACCUUUGUCUAGGCUUUUGGAAUGCGUGUCACAUUUUAGUAAUAGAUAUAUGGAACAUUGAAACCAAGAUUCAAUAUCAUAUGUUCAUACUGGAUAGAAGGUUUUUUAAUAAUUAUAAAAAAACAAAUAGAUAAAUGUAUAGAAAACUUU